GGGCCUGGGCCUGGCUGUCGUGUCAUGGCGAGGCGAGGCGAUGCGUGUGGUGCCGCGCGUGCGUCCUCGGCCGUUAUUCUGUCUGGAGCGCGACCGUUGCCGGCUGUUUCAGACUGAGUUUCUGUGGACCCCCAACGACCUCCUUCAGUGUCCCCUAUGAUAAGACCAUCACAUCGUGCCUGCAGGUUCCGUACCACUUGGUCAAAGCAGAAAGAAUUUCCCUGGCAAAGCUCGGAAUUUGGAGUCCUGUCCUUUCAAUGCAAGACACUGGAUCCCAAAAGCGGAAAUGAAGCACCAUAUCACAAACUGUGUGGACAAGAAGGUCAUCGAGGAUGAGUUUGUUUACAACACCCAAAGAAAGCCUUUGUGAUAUCCCACAAAGCACAUGGCAGUGUCCAGCCCCUGAGGAAGAUUGGGAGAAAGAUGAGGAUGAAUCUUCUGGCGCAUUCAUCUAUGGCUACACCAACCUAAACCACAACCGCACCAAAGCCAAUAGCGUUUCAGCUUAUGAAAGCAGCAACAACAUCACGGCUGGGGUUCGAGCUCCCAGAUCAUUUCCAGAGCAGCUGUCACUCUCAAAUACUCACCUGGGAUCAAUACCAUUUGUUCGUCCUUGGAGAAUCGGUGCCGGCUCAAAAGUGAAGGAGUAGCCUGGUCUCCCACUGCAACAUCCCAUAUCCUGUGUGUUCGAAUCCAUUGAGAAGAGGAAUUAAAGGACAGAUGUUGCUUAUAAGAUGACCAAACCGUUUUAAUUUGAAACGCAAAUUUUAUUUUUUUGUAAUUGAAACAUUUGACCAAAUAAAAGAAAGUGAAUCGUGAAUCA